AUGUUGUCUUUUGAACUUGAUGGAACACCUCAGAGGACAUUCAUUGGGACAGAUGAUAAUAAUCUCAAUUGGCAGGUCACUCAUGCUCCUGGUUCUAAGCUGGUAUUAAGCGUAGUGGACUCGACGGGUGGUGCAGGAGGAAUAACUUCUAAGGUAAUCGGUGUCAUAGCGGGUAAUUCAACGCAAUGCGUUGUACCUUCACCCGCUGGGCAGUCUUUUACAGUGACGGCCAACGUCACAGACCUCGCAGUGCUUACAACCUGUCAACCAUGGGGAUUGACAAUAAAAGGAGGUGUAUCCCCCUACAAUGUUACUCUUGUGCAACUCAAUUCACCAGUGACAACCAACAUUACAAUGCCCAACGGCCUUGACCGCUUUACGUAUAUUAAUCGUAACAAUCCUGAUUCUCUUCUUAUCGCUGGCGUCAGUGACUUCACUGGGUCAUGGGCCUUUGGGACGCCUUCUGUCAACACAAACGGGACUUUCCCUGACGAUACAUCAUGUCCAGGAUUAGUCAGUUCGUCCGGCAUUAGUUCGCUAAUCCAGCAGCAGUUGGACGCUGAAAAUCGCGGCCUUCAUGCGGCGAAGCCAAAGCAAACCACUAUCGUAGGAGUGGUGGUUACGCUACUCCUACUACUUGUGAUCGGUAUUGCGGGACUCGCGUUUUGGCACCGUCGAAGACGGCAGAAAGAGGAACAAGCCGAGUUAGCGGAAGCGAAGGCAACACAAUUUGUUGACCCGCCCCCGGAAGUAAAGAUGCUGUCCAUCAACAAUUAUUUGGCUCAAGAACAGAAGCGGAAUCCGAAUCAAAGUCGGGGUCAAACAAAUCGAAACCGAGGACAACCAACACCAGCUUCGAGGAAGGCUUUGGUUCUGGCGGAGUUGCGGAAUAUCGAACCGAGUGGCAGUAGUUCACAGAGGGAGAGGUCGUCGUCGAUGCAGGGCACCCAUGACUUUACAAUGGGCCUGUUAGCUUCUGUAUCAGGCGUACUUGAUCCAGUUGGAAGCACGGGGGGGCCGACUGGCUCGCGCUCGGGGAAUGUGAGGUCCAAUUCUGGAUUUGCGAGGUUCCUAGCAUCAUCGAACCGACAGUCUUUAAAUAUGCUGGAGAGCAAUGUUCUCGCCGGACGCUCUCCCGAGUCAGAUUUUCAUGAUUCCGCUUUACGUCGUGGAAUUGAAGUCUUCCAGCAUAGAGAUGGCGGUGUGGCUAGAAUUUCUCUACCUCCCCCGUAUGCAGACACAACCUUGUAG